AUGGACACCAUGGGCGUCGACAAUGAUACGCGAGGCUGGAUCAUGGCCCUCGUGAGCGGCAUCGCUUGCGUCCUCGGAGCCAGUGUCAUAUGUGUCGACAAGCUCGUCCGACUGUUCCCAGGCAAGAAGAACUUCCGGAUACAAGAGAGUAGUGCCUUUCUUGCGUCUUCCCUGAGCCUCAGUUUUGGCGUCAUGAUAUUCAUGUCGCUGUACAGCAUGCUGCCGGAGGCGAAGGGCUACCUUAAGAAGGGAGGAUUCGAUGAGCAGGCCGCCGGCUUCCUCCUGAUGGGCUGUUUUAUAGGCGGCUUCGUUGGGAUCCAGGUCAUAUCACGCCUAUUCCACCGAUUCCUGCCAUCGCACGUCGUCGACUGCGACCACACCCACGACGAGCCGAGUGAGGACACACACUCCCACGUCGAUGGUGCCAACCACAGGCAUGCUACCCGGCCGAGGAGCCACGACAAGCACUCCCACACGACAACCCGCCAUUCGAGUGUGUCCAAGAACGGUAUACUAAGCAACGACCAAGCUACUGAAUCUACCCCUUUGCUGCCUACAGAAACCGGAAAUGGCCACACGCAUGCCUCCAAGGGGCCUGAUACUGGUGCCAGCGAUACGGUAACGCAGGCACAGACGCCUCGCCGCGGACGGAGCAGAACUAGCAUUACGGAACGCAGACCAUCCAUGGCCCAGAUCUCACAGAGAGUCAAGUCGUUCGUUACGGACUCCAAAGCGUACUGCGAUGAAGCUGGUUCGUGCCAUGGAUACUCGGAUCCAUGUGGGCAGGAAUGCUUCAAACAUAUCAGUAGUCGUUCGACGUUCAACCUCUCGAGGGCACCCACGGCGCCGACAUUCAUGCGCACAACCACUGGUGUACAUGCGAUCGAGACGGUCGAGGAGGAUGCGGUUGGUGACGUAGCACAGCGCCCAAUGCCGCAACGCCGCACAAGCCGCGCACGAUCUCGUGACCCGAUGCAUCAUGAACUUGAGCAUCAUCACGGACCAGCCGACGAUGGCGCAUCCGACUUUUCUGGAGACUUGGAGGCUCAACAUCAUCACCAUGUUCCCGAGAAUGCUUUCCUCUCUAUCGGGCUCCAGACGUCCAUUGCGAUUGCUCUUCAUAAGUUUCCCGAAGGUUUCAUCACGUAUGCAUCAAAUCACGCGAAUCCUUCCCUGGGCUUUAACGUAUUCUUGGCAUUGUUCGUGCACAACAUCUCGGAAGGGUUUGCCAUGGCCCUACCCCUCUAUAUGGCUCUGAACAAUCGUCUCAAGGCAAUGCUGUGGUCCUUCGUCCUUGGUGGUCUCAGUCAACCGCUGGGGGCUGGUAUCGCGGUCCUCUGGUUUAGGGUCGCUAAGCACACACACAUGACUCCGGACGAUGUUGCCUACGGUUGUCUGUUUGCGAUCACGGCGGGAAUCAUGGCCAGCGUUGCGCUGCAGUUGUUCGUGGAGAGUCUAAGUUUGAACCACAACCGCAAUUUGAGCAUUGUAUUUGCGUUCUUGGGCAUGGCAUUACUGGGGCUCAGCAGCGCAUUUACGUCGGACGCGCAUUAA